AUUGAUACAAACAUCACUUCCGACAAAUAUGCACUUCUCGCCCUUAAAUCCCUUAUCACCUCAGAUCCAUACAAUUUUUUAGUCAAUUGGUCCGUUUCCCUUCCUCCAUGCAAUUGGGUUGGUAUCACAUGUAAUCCUCAUGGAAGGGUCCACUCCCUAAAUCUUGGUGGGAUGGAUCUUAAGGGCACUAUUCCUCCACAUUUAGGGAAUCUCUCAUUCCUUGUUGAACUUGAUCUUGGUGACAACUAUUUUCAUGGUCAAAUACCUGAAGAGUUAGUUGAAUUGCGUAGAUUGAAACAAUUGAAUUUGAGCUACAAUGAUUUUCAUGGGCAAGUUCCAUUACAAAUUGGAGCUUUAUCUUUACUUGAGCAGUUACAUCUUCAAAAUAACAGUCUUGAUGGAUUCAUUCCACUAUCUCUAUUUAAUUUGUCAAGGUUGGUAGCUUUAGAUUUGAUUUAUAAUUUUAUUGAAGGGACCAUUCCACUUGAGGUAGGCAGACUUGAGCAGUUGCAGCUUUUACGACUUGGGCGUAACAAACUUUCAGGAGCUAUACCCCAAACAAUUUCCAACUUAUCUUCACUUGAGUUAUUAAGUUUAUCUUAUAACAGUUUGUCAGGAGGCAUCCCCAAUGAGAUCGGUGAUCUUUCACGACUAAAAUCAUUGCAUCUUGGAGUGAAUCAACUUACUGGUUCAAUACCAUCUUCAUUAUUUAAUAUUUCAACGCUGCAACAUAUUGCAUUUGGAAGGAAUCAUUUAUCUGGUACUCUCCCAACAAAUAUAUGUUUGGGACUUCCAAAACUUGAAUUAUUUUAUGCACACGGAAAUGAUUUAUCUGGCAAAAUACCCUCAGUUUGGCAUCAAUGCACUGCAGUAGUCGAGUUACAAUUAGGUGGCAACAAGUUUAACAAAGGAAAGAUACCAAGUGGGAUUGGAAAUUUGACCAAACUCCACUCAUUAUCUCUUAGCGACAGCAACUUGCAAGGUGGAAUUCCUUCAUUUCUUUGGAACAUGUCCUCCCUGAGAGAGGUUAUCCUUGCAUUCAAUCAUUUAAAUGGUAAUUUGUCAGAAGAAAUGUGUCAUCAACUUCCUUUACUAGAAGCAUUCGUUGUUAAUGAUAAUCAAUUAGAGGGAAGCAUUCCACAAUCAAUAAAUAACUGCACAUCUUUGCAAGAAUUAUAUUUGGAUGGCAACUCAUUGACAGGUUUUGUACCCAAAGGCAUAGGCAAACUUGAUAAACUUGAAGUCUUAGACUUGACCCUUAAUCAUUUGAGAGGACCUCUUCCUUCCAAUAUAUUCAACAUUUCAACAUUGACAAUCUUGCGGCUUGGUGAAAAUUCCUUCUCUGGCCUUCUCCCGCCAUAUUUAGGAGUUGGCCUUUUCAACCUAAAGAUAUUAUUGUUGGGGCCAAAUGAAUUAACUGGAGAAAUUCCAAGCAGCAUAUCUAAUGCUUCUAAGCUCAUUACAUUAGAUAUGUCAUGGAAUAAAAUUAGUGGAGCUAUACCCAAUGUGCUUGGAAACUUAUCAAACUUGAUAGAAUUAGGUUUGCAUUGGAAUAAUUUGAAUGGGUUGAUUCCUGGUACAUUUAAGAAAUUACAUAGCCUUCAAGGCUUGAGCCUCAAUAACAAUAGAUUGCAAGGGUCCAUUAUAAAUGAACUUUGCCAACUCAAAAGUCUAAGUGAGUUGAAUCUUGCCAACAACAUGUUUUCAGGAGUAAUUCCAAGAUGCCUUAAUAAUACUUCCCUGAGAAAGAUGAAUUUUAGCUAUAACAAAUUGAUUUCUCAUAUACCUUCUUCUCUUUGGAGUCUCGUGGAUAUCUUGGUUUUAGACCUAUCCUCCAACGCAUUGAAUGGAACAAUUCCACUUGAGAUAUCAAACUUGAGAGCGAUUACACUAUUGGACAUGUCAAGAAAUCAAAUUUCAGGUAACAUUCCUACAACCAUGGGUGGCAUGCAAACUUUGAUAACCUUAUCUCUAGCCCAAAACAAAUUACAGGGGCCUAUUCCUGAAUCACUUGGUGGAAUGAUUAGUAUGGAGUCUAUGGAUCUUUCCCACAAUUAUUUGUCUAGUGUUAUUCCAAAGUCAUUGGAAUCAUUAAUCCGUCUUAAAUACAUUAAUCUUUCCUACAAUUUAUUGCAUGGAGAAAUUCCAAAGGGUGGGCCCUUUCAAAAUUUCACAGCCAAAUCUUUUACAAUGAAUAGAGAUCUUUGUGGGAAGUCUCAACUACAAGUCCAUCCAUGUAAGGAAGAAAACAAGCACAUGUCAAAUAAAGUGAUGAUGCUAAUAAUAAGCUCAUUGCUUGUCAUAAUUAUCAUUUUGGUUGUUUCAUGCUAUGUCUUCCUCAAGCAUAAGAGAGACCAUGUCAAUAAACCAAGCAACAUGGAUUUAACAAAUGUGGACACAACAACCAAGAUAUCCUAUUAUGAGCUUCUACGAGCAACAAAUAGAUUUGAUGAGAGUAAUUUUCUUGGCUUUGGAAGUUUUGGAUCAGUAUACAAAGCAAUUCUUUCAAAUCAAGAAAUAGUUGCUGUUAAAGUAUUUAAUUCAAACAUGGAAGAGGCCCUAAGGAGUUUUGAUAAUGAGUGCACCGCCUUAUGCAACUUACGUCAUCGUAAUCUCAUUAAGGUUAUUAGUAGUUGCUCAAAUGAUGAUUUUGCAUGUCUAAUAAUGGAAUUCAUGUCAAAUGGAAGUCUUGAUAAAUGGUUGUACUCUCAUAAUUAUUGUUUGGAUAUCCUACAAAGGUUGAAUAUAAUGGUUGAUGUGGCUACUGCAUUGGAAUAUCUUCAUCAUGGUUCUUCGAUUCCGGUUGUUCAUUGUGACAUAAAACCAAGCAAUAUCUUGUUAGAUGAAGAUAUGGUGGCUCAUCUUAGUGAUUUUGGUAUAACUAAACUAUUAGAUGAAGAAAAGUUGGAAACUUAUACAAAAACAUUGGCUACAGUUGGCUACAUGGCACCAGAAUACGGAUCAAAAGGAGUGGUUUCCUUCAAAGGAGAUGUGUAUAGCUAUGGUAUCUUGCUAAUGGAAAUGUUUACGAGGAAGAAGCCAACCGAUGAAAUGUUUGUUGAAGGUCUAUGUUUAAAAGAUUGGGUUAGCAAAUCAACACCACAUUCAAUCAUCAAUAUUCUAGAUGCCAAUUUACUGCACAGAGGGAGUCCAGAUAUUAGCAGUAUAUUACCACUUAUAUCAUCAAUUUUUGAGUUGGCAUUAAGUUGUUGCAUUGAACCACCUGAAGCAAGAAUUAUGAUAACUGAUGUUUUGGUGUCAUUGGAAAAAACAAGGUCAUGUUUAUGCAAAAUGUUAUAUAUGCACCACUAGUUGAAUAAACCUUGUAUGCAAGUUUUUGUUCUUAUUUCUUUAUCCUAUGGCUUAUUUUGUAUAUGAAGCAAGCAACAUCUUAAAUAGUCAUGAUAUGUAUGUGACAUUAAUAUAUGAAAUAAUGUUGGAUUUUUUGGUAUCUUCAA